AUGAAAGUAGAAGAAGGAUUUCAGCAGCCACUUCCGGCUACAACAAAUGGGUUCACCGACGAUAUUCUACUGCCCAGUCUGCUGAAGCGUCUCAUACCAAAUGAGGUAUUGGAGCCGAUAACUCGGGAUCUCCAGCGACUUGGGGACGAUCUCAAUGGGCCAAUUCGAGCCUAUGGGCAGCUAGCCGACGCUCCUCCAACGCUCACACAAUACUCGGAAUGGGGAAGACGAGUGGAUACACUUUACACCUCUGAAGGAUGGCGCAAGCUCAAAGGAGUUGCAGCAAAGGAAGGGUUGGUCGGCAUCAGCUACGAACGUCUCUACGGCCAGUGGAGUCGCAUCUACGCGUUUGCCAAGACGCUACUCUUUGUAGCAGAAGGAAGAGUAGUAGGAUGUCCUAUUAGCAUGACAGACGGAUGCGCUCGCGUACUCGAGCUGCACGGGACCCCCGAAAUGAAAGAAGACAUCCUCUCUCGACUGGUCACCCGACAUACCAAAUGGGCGUUCACUGCUGGUCAAUUCAUGACCGAACGGCCUGGUGGUUCAGAUAUCUCGCAAACGGAGACGACUGCCACACCCGUAAAUGCCAAUGGUCCGGCCAAGACAGGAGAUGCGUACCUACUCAACGGCUUCAAGUGGUUCUCCAGCGCAACUGACUCAGAGGUAGCACUCGCUCUUGCACGAACAGGCGAUCCAUCUCUUGGUUCUCGGUCCCUCUCCCUUUUCCUUUUACCCCUUCGCCUGCCCUUGCCUUCGCCAGCAACACCAUCCCUUACCGGAAUCAAUCCUCGUACAGACUCCACCGUUGAUGAGAAUCAGCGAGAGAACAACGGGAUCCUCAUUCAUCGUCUGAAAAACAAGAUUGGCACCCAUUCACUUCCCACCGCUGAACUCUCUCUCGACAAUUCUGUCGCCUAUCUGAUUGGGCCACUCAAUGGAGGUGUCAAGGCAAUCUCUACUGUCCUACAACUCACCCGCGUUCACUCUGCUUUCCACUCGAUUGGCUCCCUUGCCAAAUGCUUCAGCAUAGCUCGCAGCUUUGCGCACGUGAGAAAGAUUGAUGGUGGAAUGCGAACACUAGAUAACACACCGCUCCACGUUGACAAUCUCGCCAGAGUAGCGGUGACCUAUCGGGCACUCCUCUCGUUCGCCAUGGGCGUGGUCCAUUUACUUGGUCAGACAGAAACCUUAUACGAGAGAUCCCCCAAUUACACAUCUGUUCAGGCGCGCUUUCGCCUAUUAAAUCCGGUGCUCAAGGCAUUUGCCGCUUUUCAUUGCGUGCCUGCGAUGGAAGAAUGUAUGGCAGCACUAGGCGGACAGGGAUAUAUGGAGGAAACAGGGAUUGGGCGCUUCAUACGAGAUGCGCUUGUCGAGAAGAUCUGGGAAGGAACCGAGAACGUUCUGGCUCUCGAUCUUAUCCGCGCUUCCGGCCGGGGAAGGAAGGAUGAUUCCACACUCCAAUACUGGGUCCAAUGGUCGGAGCGACUCCUCCAGGCGUCUCAAAAGCAUAGCUGGUCAGACGACACUCGACGAGCUCUCGAGAUGCUCGUGACUGUGGUCCAGCAAAUACCGAGCAUAUUCAUAGAGACCUCGACAAAUGAGCUUCUUCCACGUCGUACGCUGCUCUUGUUUGGCCAUGUGACAGCCGGAUUCUACCUACUCGAGCAUGCGAUGUGGGCAGAGGAGAGCAACGAAGUUGAGGCAGGAAUGCAUGCUGAUGCAUUUACGCGGUGGAUUCUCGAAGGAGGUGUCGCUGGGACGAACCUACAAGGUUAUCUCCAGAGUCUUGGGGCGUGUAGUGCUCCAGUGGAGAAAAGGGUCCGACAGGAUUCACGACUCGUCUUUGGAACAUCUUUCACGAAGACGAAACUGUAA